AAACUGCGCGAGAAGCGACUUCACAGAGCAACUUUCAGCUGCUGAAAUGCGGACAAAUGCGCGCGCGACCGUCGUCUGCACUGCGCUCUGAACGAAAACUGCGACUUACAGAUUUCUAUCACACACAGGCACAAAGUGCACAACAGCAUCUUACUGCGCACGUCGAAGAGAGAGGGGGAUACAAAGAGAACAGAAGGCACAGAGGGACGGACACAGAGAAAGACAUCGUCUGACCGGACAGAAGCCCUCAGCUGCAGCUGGAAUGAUGAGCAGUACGGUUAUCUCCGUCAUCUUCAUCUCUGCACUGCUCGUGCACUGCAGCCUGUGUUCGCCGCGCAGGAUCUUCGCUCCUCACGUGAGAUCUGAAAAUGCAGAUUACGAGGAAGGUGGCAAGUCUGUGUCCGAGGCUGCUUUUGAUGCCGACCAAGUCGCCGGAGGCAGUUUUCUGGCCAAUCUGGACGAGACGAUGUACUAUCCCCCAGAAGAAAGAACCCAGCGGCACGCAGAUGGACUCUUUAACACUGCCUACCGGAAAGCUCUCGGGCAGAUGUCCGCGCGCAAAUACCUACACAAUCUGGUGGCCAAGCGCGUGGGCGGAGCUUCCUCGGCUGAAGCGGAGCUGUUUUCUAAGCGGCACGCGGACGGGGUCUUCACGGAUAGCUACAGCCGGUACCGGAAACAGAUGGCGGUGAAGAAGUACCUGGCCGCCGUCCUAGGCACAAGCCCGGAAGACUUAGAUUUGCACCCCAUUCUCCAUGAGCUAGAUUUGGGUGCGCUCCCAGACGGAGAUGAGCUCCAAGCUUUUUUACAGGCCUGGCUGCAGCAGGCCCCCUCCCACAUCCCGGCCUUGUGACUUGUGCGGCGUGCGACUUGGAGAGUUAAGCCCCUCCCCCAUCUCCACUCUCUCAGCCCUGCCAUGCUGCACAGCUCUUCCUGACACGUGUGUGUGUGUGUGUGUGCACAUGUGUGUGUGUGUGUGUCUCUGUGUGUGUGUGUGUGUGU